AUGGGCAGGUUCAGUUUUUCUUGCCUCUUCCCAGCAUCUUGGCAUUUCAGCAUGACAUCCCAGAUACUUCAACGCCUCUUGCUCCCAUCAUUUAGGCAGCUGAUCUUCAUUGGGCUGCUCUUCCUUCUACUGGGAGCAUUUUACCUGGUUCUUGUGGUUGGAAAGUUGCCUACCAGCUGGAUAAAAAAGGAAAACCACUUCCAUAGGCACUUGGCUCGGGUUACUGACGUGGAUUCGACAGACGCCACCAAUCCAGACCUGAACUAUGGACUGGUGGUGGAUUGUGGCAGCAGCGGUUCUAGGGUAUACGUGUAUUGCUGGCCAAGGCACAACGGCGAUCCCCAUGAGCUCCUGAACAUUCGCCAAAUGAGGGAUCAAAAUCGGAAGUCUGUGGUCAUGAAAAUUAAGCCAGGAAUUUCCAAGUUGGCUCAAACACCAGAGAAAGCCAGCGACUACAUCUAUCCACUGCUGAGCUUUGCAGCUGAACACAUUCCCAAAAACAAACACAUUGAGACACCUCUUUAUAUCCUGUGCACAGCUGGAAUGAGAAUUCUGCCUCAAAGUCAACAAGAGGCGAUUUUAGAAGAUCUGCGAACUGACAUCCCUGUGCACUUCAACUUCCUGUUCUCAGAUUCCCACGUCGAAGUCAUUUCUGGAAAGCAAGAAGGGGUCUACGCGUGGAUCGGAAUCAACUUUGUUCUUGGAAAAUUUAAUCAUGCUCACAAUGAUGGAGAAGCUGUUGUUGAGGUCAACGUACCGGGUGGUGAUCAACAGGAGGCGCUGGUGAGAAAAAGGACAGCUGGUGUUUUGGACAUGGGCGGAGUUUCCACACAGAUAGCAUUUGAAGUGCCCAAAACUGAGGAAGUGGCAAAGAAUUUACUCGCAGAAUUUAAUCUGGGAUGUGAUGCCCAUCGCACAGAUCAUGUGUACCGUGUGUAUGUCGCCACCUUCCUGGGUUAUGGAGGAAAUGCAGCACGCCAAAGUUAUGAGGAGAGCAUCAUCAAACGCACUGCUACUCGAAAUAAGUUGUUUGGUCAGCAUAUUGGCGAAAUGGCAGAGUCACCCCUCCUGGACCCUUGUCUCCCCAAAGAUCUGCUGGAUCAGAUCGGUGCCCCCGAACAGAAGCUCCAUGUGCUCGGCACAGGUGACUUCGAUCAAUGUCGACGUGUGCUUCAACCUUUCCUCAACCGCACCAAUGAGACUCAAACCUCUCUGAGCGGCAUCUUCCAGCCGGCCAUCGAUUAUAACAACAGCCAGUUUUAUGGCUUUUCGGAGUUCUACUACUGCACAGAGGACGUUCUGCGCAUGGGCGGAGACUAUAACGCUUCCAAAUAUGCUCAGGCCGCCAAGGGUUACUGUGCCACCCAGUGGAAGACUUUGAGGGAACGCUUUGAUUCGGGUUUGUACGCGUCCCAUGCUGAUCUCCACAGACUCCAGUAUCAGUGCUUUAAAUCUGCAUGGAUGUAUGAAGUCUUACACACUGGCUUCUCUUUUCCCUCUGACUACAAAAACCUGAAAACUGCAUUUUUGGUAUACGAUAAGGAAGUCCAGUGGACCCUGGGAGCAAUACUCUUCCGAACACGCUUUCUACCUUUGAGGGACAUACAGCAAGAAAGUCUCAAAGGAGUGCACGCUCACUGGAGACACAGCUUCUCAUUUGUCAACAAUCACUACUUAUUGCUAGUGUGUUUCUUCAUCGUCGUCCUGUCUAUAAUUUUAUACGUGUUGCGACUUCGACGAAUCCACCGCCGCGCAGCCCAGCGAUGCUCCCCUUCUUCUGUGCCUUGGCUGGAGGAAGGUUUGGGCUCACCAACACUCCCGAUAAACCUCUAA